AUGAGUAGGUUUUUUGAUGGGUGGAAUUAUUUUAAAGGUUCUCUUUGUGAAGGUAGAAUCUUGCUGGUUUGGAGAAGUAGUUUGCUUUUUGUUGACGUUAUUCAAGAGAGUGAUCAAAUUGUUCAUACUGUUAUCAAGGAGCAUCAUUCUAAGAGGGUGUACUGUGUGACAUUUGCUUAUGGGCGAAACUUGGUCCAGGAAAGAGCUCAGAUGUGGCUUGACUUAUCUUGCCUUAGUUUCCCUGUUGCUCCCUUAGCAUCAUUCAACACUGUUUUUGAGUUUGAGGACAGAAAAGGGGGUCGGUCAGUUACUUCUGCUGAGUUGGUUGAUGCUCAGAGAUGGCGUGGUCAUGGGUUAGCUGAUGAGCUCGGUUCAAUUGGUUCUCAAUAUACUUGGACUAAUAACCAAACAGCUGAUGCUAGGAUUUAUUCCAAAAUAGAUCGGGUUUUUAAAAAUGAGGAGUGGCUUGACCUCUUUCCUGCUUCAGUGGCCGUCAAACAGUGGGACAUGCUAUCAGACCACUGCUAUUGCAUUAUUAAGUUGUUUCAGGAGGUCUUCACUGGGUUCAAACCUUUUAGAUUUUAUAACAUGUGGGUGGAGCAUAAUAAAUUUAAGUCUACUGUUAUGCAAAGUUGGCAAAAACCAGUAGCUGUGGGAGGUUUUACUGGUGUGUUAAUGAAACUUCAGAGACUUAGCCAUGUCUUAAGGAGGUUUAAUAAGUCUGAUUUUGGUGAUGUUGAGAGCAACUUCCAGAUGGCUAAAAUGUUGUAUAACCAGGCCCAAGCGUAUUUCCAUGCUUGUUUGAAGCAGAGGAAGGAAAUAAAUAGAAUUGCCUCUUAUGUUUUUGACAAUGGUCAGCUUGUUGAGAAGUAUGAGGAGGUGGUGGAUCAUUUCUUACAUCAUUUUAGAAAUGUUUUGGGCAGUCAAAGUAAGGCUUCGGGUUCUAUCCACAUGGAUUGUUUUGUUCAUGGAUCUAUAAAGAGUUCGGGACCGGAUGGAUAUGGGUCGGGUUUCUUUAAAGCUAUGUGGAAUGAGAUUGGUGAUGAAGUUUCAGAGGCUGUUUUGGGUUUCUUUCAGCAAGGCAUUCUUCCUAAAAAACUGAAUAAUGCUCUGUUGUCAUUGAUUCCAAAAAUUGCUAAUCCGACGAAGGCUGUGGAGUAUAGGCCCACUGCUUGCUGCAAUACUUUGUAUAAGUGUAUUUCUAAGAUGAUGUGUGAGAGACUCAAAAGGGUACUUCCUUUUCUUGUUCAUCAAAAUCAAGGGGCGUUCAUUAAGGAUAGGCUUUUAGCGCAUAACAUUCUUAUUUUUCAGGAUAUCCUUAAGGGUUAUAAAAGAAAACAUAUUUCCCCUAGAUGUGUGAUGAAGGUCGAUCUCAGCAAGGCUUAUGACUCCAUUGAUUGGCAUUGUUUAGAGGCGAUUCUUACUGUUAUUUGUUUCCCGAAGCAAUUUAUUAACUGGAUUUUGGUGUGUUUAAGAGAUGCUUCUUAUUCUAUUUUGCUUAAUGGUAGAGUUCAGGGUUGUUUUACGGGUAGGAGGGGGCUGAAGCAAGGAGAUCUAAUCUCUCCGCUCUUAUUUGUUCUAGUUAUGGAGUUCUUCACUAGGAUGCUUAUUCGAGCCACUCAAAACAGGGAUUUUAAGUUUCACCCUCGGUGCAGGAGAUUGAAUCUGGUGAGCCUUUGCUUUGCGGACGAUCUUGUGAUAUUUUGCAAAGGUCAUAAUGCUUCUGUUCAGGUUAUAAAGCAGUGUUUUAAUGAGUUCAGUGAGGUUUCUGGUUUGACAGCUAAUUUGGACAAGUCCAGAGUUUACUUUGGGGGUUUAACAGAGGUAGAGACCAAGGAUAUUUUAAGAGAUUUGCACUUUGCUGAAGGUGAUUUCCCCUUAAAGUAUCUAGGUGUUCCGCUAAGACCUACAAAGUGGAGGGCGGGGGAUUGCGCUACUAUUAUUCAAAAAAUUCAGUUGAAGCUUUUCCAUUGGUCUAAUCGGCAUCUCUCAUAUGCUGGAAGAGCUCAGCUCAUUCAAUCUGUUCUUUUGGCAAUUAGAUCAUUUUGGAUGAGUAUUUUUCUCCUCCCUAAGAGUGUAAUUAAUGAGAUUGAUAGCCCGUGUAGGAGAUUUCUGUGGGGAACCAGCAAAGGGAACGAUAACAGAAGUAAGCUUCACCUCACAGCUUGGCACCAAGUUUGCUUGCCUAAAUGUUUGGGGGGUAUCGAGUUCAAGGAAGGGGCCAAUUGGAAUAUGGUUCUUCUUGCUAAGUAUAUUUGGGCUGUGUCUACUAAACAAGAUAUUCUUUGGGUUAAAUGGAUUGAUUCUGUUUAUCUUAAAGGACAAUAUUUUUGGGAGUACAAUAAUCAAUCUGACGUGAGCUGGUAUUGGCGUAAGCUAAUCAAGAUGAGGGCAUUCAUAAGCAAGGAGAUGAUAGAUAAAGCUAUAGUUUAUUCUUUGGCAAGCUUCCUUGAAGCAUCUAUUAACCAGGGACAAUUUAUUGAAGUGCCAUUUGCAGCUGACUUCUUACCUGUGUCCAAUUUGUGA